AUUCUCACCAUGUGGGCUUUACUCUUCUUGGUGAGCGUUACAGCAGUUGCUGCUGAGCCCAGAAGCUUUCAUGGGGCAAAAGUUUUUCGAGUAACACCACAAAGUCCAGAACAUGUUGAACUUAUCAGAUCCCUGGCCAUUAGCGCGCAGCUUGAUUUCUGGGUCCCCGAUUCUGCAGCUUCAGUAGAACAUGGAAAACGCACUGACUUCCGAGCAGACGGCCAGGUGUCAUAUGAUGUUCAGGCGCUCAUUGAACAAAGCGGAAUGCCCUAUGAAAUUAUGAUUGAUGAUGUACAAGUAGCUUUGGAAAAUCAACAGAACAGCAAUAUCCGUACUGGCCAUAGCUAUGAUAAGUACAAUGACCUUGAUACGAUUAAUGCCUGGUCUGCUAACAUUGCUGCUCAGAACCCCGGACUUGUGUCACGUUCACAAUUUGGAAUCUCAUAUGAGGGUCGUCCAAUUUAUUUACUCAAGGUUGGAAGGCCUGGUGUGGAUAAGAAAGCAGUUUUAAUUGACUGUGGGUUCCAUGCCAGGGAAUGGAUCACACCAGCAUUCUGCCAGUGGUUUGUGAAGGAGGCGGUUAACUCAUAUGGCUCUGAUGCCCAAUUUACUGAUCUUCUCAACAACUUGGACUUCUAUAUUAUUCCAGUUCUAAAUGUAGAUGGUUAUGUUUAUACCUGGACCAAUGACCGGAUGUGGAGAAAGACACGUUCUGCUACCAAAAAUAGCAAAUGUUUUGGAACUGACCCAAACAGAAACUUUAAUGCUGCAUGGUGCACUGGAGGCUCAACAUCAAAUGCAUGUGCUGAAACCUAUUGUGGCAGCACUCCAGAAUCAGAAAGUGAGACCAAGGCUUUGGCUGACUUCAUCCGAAAUAAUAUUUCUUCAAUCAAGUCCUACCUAUCGAUUCACUCAUAUUCGCAGAUGUUGCUGUUCCCCUACUCUUACACCAAUGCCAAGGCUAAAGAUAAUGCAGAACUGUAUGCUGUUUCAGAGGGCGCAGUUAAACAGUUGGAAUCACUCUAUGGUACCAUUUACACCUACGGUCCUUCAGCAAGUACAAUAUACAUUGCUGCAGGAUGCUCCGAUGACUGGGCAUAUGACGUAGGGGUUAAGUACUCAUUCACAUUUGAGCUUCGCGACACAGGAAAAUAUGGAUUUAUUCUUCCAGAAUCCGAAAUUAAGGAAACAUGUGAAGAAACAAUGUUGGCUGUCAAAUACAUUGCCAAUCAUGUCAUGAUCAAUGCAUAAAAACAUGUAAUAAAGUCCAACAACUUUAUUCUUCCCAGAGAACACAGCGUGUCAUCCCCUACUGCCUCUAAUUAUACCAAUAUGUCUGUUGAAAUUCUUGCCAGUUAUACAUAAUAAAAUAAUAAAAAUACAAAUAAUAAAAUGUGCUUUCCA